AAGCUUUAGCUUCAAGCUUGGUUCAUCUAUCCUUCCGAAAGAUCAUGUACGACACGAGUUGCAAGCCUGGCGAAAAUGGCCUGAUAAAUGGGGUUUUUUAACACAAGAAUAUGAUCGCAUGAACCGAAACCUUAUUGGAAUAUCAACUCCUCCAAUCAUAAAGACUUCUAACGAGACAUCCAAUCGAGUUCGUCCAAAGAGCGGAAGAAGCAGAUCUGGAAGCACUGGUUCAGUCAAACUUCCAGUCAUUGAUAAAGGAUCGUCAGCGUCUAUGUCUGGUCGCCGGUCUAAACUCGAUUCCGGCAUCAAUUUUCCGAACAUUAAACCACGAUUAUCAACUUCAAAGUUUGUGUCGAAGUUCCCAGUGACAACUGCCGGCGAAAUUGGUUCCCGAUCAACGAAAACAGAAUACCAGUUGGAAUUGUAUGGAAGAUACGCACCGAACGCUAGAGGGCAGCAUGGCAUUUUGAAUCUUAUGAAAUGGCCUCAACAAGGUCUUUAAAACAGUUACUGAUCAACAUUUUAUGAGUUUAUAAAUAUUUUAUUUGGAAAUUGACUGUAAUUUACUAAACACAUGUUUCUAAAAAUUAAAUAUUAAAGUUCUGCAUUACUGAUUUGUAAAUACAUUAUUUUAUCAAGUCAAAACAAAAAACAUCCUCUUUUUCAAGUACAUAACAGCUGUAGAACUAUAUAAUUUAAUUGUUAUAUAAUUUCCCAUUUCAAUUGUUUUUAAAGUUUAGAUUAAAAAAUAUAACUCUUCUCUGAAACUAUAGGCGGAACCAAUGGGUGGUGCACAGGCAUUUUCACGAGCUUUUGCAAUACAUACCAAUGCCAUAUUCAGUAUUGAAACAAGAAAAAAUA